CAAAGACUGUGUUAUGUGAACUGUCCGUGUCUUCUGGAGAGUUAAACUUCCGAAUAGUCUUUGCUGCAGUCGCGGCUUUUAAUUUGAAAAAACAAACGUACCGGAAAAGAAUCCUCAUAGGUGCGGAUGCAAAGAUGGCGGAAGAGGAGAAGCAGUUUGAAGAAUUUGAGCAAAUAGACUUUUUAAGGGAUCGACACGUACGAUUCUUCCAGAGAACACUUCAGGUGCUGCCCGAGAGAUACGCGUCGCUGGAAACAACCAGAUUAACCAUCGUGUUCUUUGCCCUGUCUGGUCUGGAUGUGCUGGACGCCCUCGAUGUGAUCGAUAAGAACAUCAUGACUGAGUGGAUCUACUCUCUGCAGGUUCUGCCCACAGAGGAUCAGUCAAACCUCAGCCGUUGUGGGUUUCGAGGAUCGUCGCAUAUUGGAAUCCCUUACAGCACUAAGGGUCCAGGCGUGCUCCAUCCAUAUGACAGCGGUCACGUAGCCAUGACCUACACCGGGCUGUGCUCUCUGCUGAUACUGGGAGACGACCUGAGUCGGGUUAACAAACAGGCCUGCCUGGCUGGUCUCAGAGCGCUGCAGCUGGAGGACGGCAGUUUCUACGCGGUGCCAGAAGGAAGUGAAAACGACAUACGGUUCAUCUACUGUGCAGCCAGCAUCUGCUACAUGCUGGACGACUGGUCGGGCAUGGACAUCCAGAAGGCCAUCGACUACAUCCGGGGAAGCCUGUCGUACGACAAUGGGUUUGGCCAGGGAGCUGGGCGAGAGUCUCACGGUGGCUGGACGUACUGCGCCAUCGCCUCCCUGUGUCUGAUGGGCCGACUGGAGGAGGCGCUGAGCCAGCGGGAGCUGGACAGGAUCCGGCGGUGGUGCAUCAUGAGGCAGCAGAGCGGCUUCCACGGGCGCCCCAACAAACCCGUAGACACGUGCUACUCCUUUUGGGUCGGCGCUACGCUGGAGCUGUUAGAUGUGUUCCGAUACACCAACUUUGACAAGAACAGGAGCUUCAUUCUGUCCACGCAGGAUCGGUUGGUCGGGGGCUUCGCCAAGUGGCCGGACAGUCAUCCAGACCCUCUCCAUGCCUACUUAGGGCUGUGUGGCCUGUCUCUGAUCGGCGAGCCCACCCUGAGGAAGGUCCACCCAGCUCUUAACAUCACCCAGAGAGCCUUUCAGCACCUCCAGCAGCUGCAGCAGACGUGGAGGGACGGCGCCGGCGGCUGCGGCCGACAGCACUGACAGCAGCCCUGCCUCCGAAACAGGUUCAGUUAUCAGGAACAUCUAACGGUGGUCGUUCAGAGACGACUGGACUUUUGCUCUCAAAGACGUUCGGUCACUCAUCUGAGAGGCCUUCUCAUUGCCUGAAUCGAGAAGUUGUUGUUGUUUUUUUUUUUUUUUUUCGGAAGGCCCAAGCUACAAAGUAGUAGCUUCGGGGAGCUCAGUUUAAAUCCAUCUAAAGCAACGUUUCUGUGAAGCAAUAUACGCCACACACUUUUCUGCUGCCUUUUUAUUAGUACACGGUAGUCAUUAACUGCUCACUGUGGCUUGAGGGAAUAAAACGAUGUGCCAGAAAGUCAAAUUUGAGACGCCGGGAAGAAAUUCCAGGUGCCUCUGUGUCGCCGACGUUUUAGACAACGGCCUUUUGACGUCUCCCGCUCCCAAGACUCAUAGUUAACAACACAAAUCUAAGCCAAGGAUCAACACGACUGAUGCACUUGACACAGACAUGAGAAACAUCUGUAAAUGUUGCUCCCAAUAUGAGGGAGGAUCCGCAGGAGGUAUAUAAACCAUAUUGUAAAACGUCUCUAGAGUAAUGUCCUAGCUUUGGUUUUGCAUUUUGUGAAUAACGUCCCGAUGUUUUUGGUGUAAUUUGUGGGGGAAUGUGGGAACCGUUAGGCCAAUUAUUCAGUCUUUUCACUUAAAGGAGGAGAAAGCGGUUCCACACACUCUCCUCCAGACAGUGUAUACAGAUUUUUUUAUUUUUUUUUUUAUUAUGAUGCCUUCUUUACGUCUCCAUCCUGACCUUUCUCGUUAGCUUCUCUAAAGCCUCAAGCUCUCCCGUCCCAGAGGUGAUACCAGCCGGUCAGGUUCGCUCUCCUCAGCUCCUCGCUUCAGCAUCCUCCAGUUCCUACACUGCAGGCUUUGUUCAGUGAUCAAGAGUGGAAAAGGUGGCUGAGAACCAACAACCACCUUAGGGGACAAAUCUUGGAGGGGGAAAAAAAAAAAAAACUCUUAAGAGAUCAAAAAUACUUUGGCUUAUCAUUCCAUACCACAUCUUUCUAAAAGCUAGCAGAGCAAUAGAUUGGGCUCCCAAAGGGAAUUUGUUAAGAAAAGAGAACCCCCAUCCUUUUUGCUGCGAGGUAGAACAUGUCAGUUCUAGCUGGAGAUCCCAUCCUGACGCCCUGUGACUCCUGUGCUCUGAACUGAUCUGAUCUGAACCAGUCUCCUCCACCAGCGUCUGUGCUCCCUUCAAGGCUAAGCUGUCUGAAAUCAAUAGGGGAAAGAUGAGCCAGUGGCACCAUAACUCGAAGAAAUCCAUUCCUUUGAACAGUGCUGCGAAUUGACUUGUUGGUUUGGGUCCAGUGAGGGAUGCAGGGCAUCCAACAAAGAACAAAACGCACCAGCAGAACGUUAACAACAACAA